AUGUCUGGAGAACCUGAUGUUGCUCGUACUCCAGAGGAGGAAACUGAGGAAGAAAUCAAAUCCUCUUACAAACCACCUCCAGAGAAGACCAUAGAGGAGAUCCUUGCUGCUGACCAGGAAGAUGAGUCUUUACGGAAGUAUAAAGAGGCAUUGUUGGGACAGGUGCAGGCUGGACCUAUUAUCGUUGACGCUAAUGACCCACGGAAAGUGAUUGUCAAAAAGCUGGCGCUGUGCGUUGCUGAACGUGAUGACUUAGAGCUAGACCUCUCUGGAGACCUAACUGAUCUCAAAAAACAGGUAUUUACUAUAAAGGAGGGUGUGCAAUACAAAAUAAGAAUCGACUUCAUAGUACAGCGUGAGAUCGUGCACGGACUCAAGUAUGUGCAAAAGACCUACCGCAUGGGUGUGCCAGUGGACAAAAUGACACACAUGGUCGGAUCUUACCCCCCGAAAACCGAGAUCCAGUCAUAUACCACGCCCCCUGAAGAUGCUCCUUCGGGGAUGAUGGCGAGAGGAUCCUAUUCUGUCAACAGUCUCUUUACUGAUGACGACAAGAAUGUCCACCUUCAGUGGGAGUGGACCUUUGACAUUAAGAAGGACUGGAAGGAUUAG